AUGGUAAGAGACAAAAUCCUUAUUCUUUGUGAUAAUCGAUCUUCUGUAAAUGAAAAAUUGGAAACAUUAUUUAAACAAAGUUUACCUGUUGACCAAAACAUAAUUAAAUCCAUUAAAUGGAAAAAUAAAUACUACGAUGUGGAAUUCGACCUUUAUAUCGAUGAAUUAACUACAUCAUUGGAGGAUUGGAUCAAGGAAUUUAACAAUGAGGAGUAUGAUAUAUUACGAGAUGUAUUGGCAGGAAUCAUAUUUAUCUUACCAUUCGAUGAUAAGGAUACAUUAGAAUUUAUAGAUUCAGAAUUGAAUAAGAACACUAAUUGUGAUGACAAUAAUUUUGAUGAUAAGGAAGACGAAGGUUUCUUUAUGGUAUGUUGUGAUCCAAUAUCCAAUGAAAAGGUACCAUACUGGAAUGAUUUUACAAAACUUGAAGUUACUACACUAACCGUUUCACAAGAAAGAAAUAAUGACGGUGAAUAUGAAGGAAUUAAAAGGAUAGAAGAGAUUAUUGAUGUAUAUCCAUGGAGUCAUUCACAAUCAAGACAACAAGCAUUGAUUAGUGAAACAUCACAACAUUUAGAUUUAAAAGAUACUAUUGAUAUGCAAGGCAUUAUAUCAAAAUUAAAAUUAGCUAAAUUGGAAUAUUCAAAAAAUAAAGAUGAGUCGAUGGCAUUGGAAAUCUCUGAAGAGAUGUCUAAAUUAAUAUCAGAUGCAAUAUAA